AAACAGGGUAAGAUUUGUAUAGUACAAACUAACAGUGCUAGUGAAAUCAUUAGCAAAUUAUGCGAUUAGAUAGAGGGAACAGUAUUUUAUUAUUCAACCAGGGCGAUUGUGGCACCUGUUGGUACAUAAUACUGUCGGCUUCGGUGAAUGUGGUGAUCGCCGGGAAAGGGAUCGUCUGUACACUCCAUGAGGGCGACGACUUCGGCAAACUGGCCCUCGUUAAUGAGGCGCCGAGAGCGGCCACAAUCGUGACCAACGAAUCCAACUGUCAAUUACUUCGUGUGGAUAAAUCACACUUUGAUCGCAUCCUCCGCGAUGUUGAGGCCAAUACC